UACUAAAACUAAAAACGUGAAAGACAGCUAGAAUAAUUAUACAAGAACUUCAAGGGUAGCACAUUUCAGUGAGCUUACAGUGCUAAGUGACUGUUAGUCCACCAAACUGGCAACUCAUGGCGCCCAUCAAAGUCCUCUUGAGUCUGAUUUGCAUUUUCGCGCGGUUGUUCUCGCAAAUGUGAAAAAGUAUCUGGGUGUAAGAAGCAAACAUCAAUUGUUUAGUAUCAAGCAUACGUCAGCUUUCUUGAAGCACUCGAAAGGCUAAAUUUAUUGCGUAUAUAUCAUGUUUUUUGCACAACCGCCCUACUUUUGAAGUGUAGAGAAAUUCUUUAACAUUUAAUAAAUUUCUUCAAUAAGAGAAAAAGAGAAAGCGAAAAAGUGGUUCCAAUAAAUUGAGUAGCUUUUAAAGUCGCCGUUAAAAUUAAAUAAAUUUAAUAUCAACAAAUUACAAUUACGUCGGUUCAAGCCAAAAAGGAAGGCGCAUCAAAAUUCUCCGUUUAUAACGAAACCAUUAAAACUACAAGCUUAAUAGAAUCGUUCCAUGGGCAAUUGGAAGGAUAAAUGUCAAUUUGCCGCUGAGCUAGCUGUUGUAAAUGUAACCUCUUGGGCAGUACUCCCGACUAAGCAUGAAAAAGCUAUAGAAGCGGCAGUAGCUCACAUUGGACCGAUACCCAUAUCCAUUAACGCAUCACCACGAACAUUUCAACUAUACAGUGAUGGCAUUUAUGAUGACGAUUCUUGCUCUUCAGACACAGUUAACCAUGCUAUGCUUGUUGUGGGCUAUACCAAACAUUAUUGGAUCCUCAAAAAUUGGUGGGGCGAAAUGUGGGGAGAAGAUGGUUACAUGCGCUUAAGAAGAGGUAAAAAUUUAUGCGGCAUUGCUAAUUAUGCGGCAUAUUCUAUUGUUUAGGACUUUUGAAUUUGUAACUGAAAAUUAUUAAAAAUAAAUAAAUACAAAUACACAACAAAACGAA